GAAAUUAAAAAAAUAUAUAUAACGAAAGUUUUCCGUUCUCCGACUAAACGCGGGAAAAACGAAAACCCUAUCACCGGUGCCGGCGAGGUGGAUCAGCGGCGGUGGAGGAAGAAUGGCGCCAUUGUCGCAGAGCUCUCAACCAUGGGUGGAGAAAUAUCGACCGAAGCAAGUGAAAGAUGUAGCGCAUCAGGAUGAAGUGGUUCGAGUCCUCACCAACACUCUCGAGACUUCUAGUUGUCCUCACAUGCUUUUCUAUGGACCGCCUGGUACCGGGAAAACCACCACCGCUCUCGCGAUUGCUCAUCAACUUUUCGGCCCCGAACUUUACAAGUCCAGAGUUUUGGAGUUGAAUGCAAGUGAUGACCGUGGGAUCAAUGUUGUUCGGACUAAGAUCAAAGAUUUUGCUGGUGUUGCAGUAGGCAGUGGCCAGCGUCAAGGGGGUUAUCCUUGUCCACCGUUCAAGAUAAUAAUUCUGGAUGAGGCUGAUUCAAUGACUGAAGACGCUCAGAAUGCCCUGAGGCGUACCAUGGAAACACACUCCAAAGUAACAAGAUUCUUUUUUAUAUGCAACUAUAUCAGCAGGAUCAUAGAGCCCCUUGCUUCCAGGUGUGCAAAAUUUAGGUUUAAACCACUUUCUGAAGAGGUUAUGAGCAAACGUAUUUUGCACAUUUGUAAUGAAGAAUGUCUAAGUCUAGAUGGAGAGGCUCUUUCAACCUUAAGUUCAAUCUCUCAAGGUGACCUACGUCGAGCUAUCACAUACUUACAGUCAGCUGCACGCUUGUUUGGAUCAUCAAUCUCUUCCAAGGAUCUAAUUAGUGUGUCUGGGGUUAUCCCUCGAGAGGUUGUCAACGCACUAUUUGCUGCUUGUAAAAGUGGUAACUUUGAUCUUGCGAACAAGGAAGUGAAUAAUGUAACUGCAGAGGGAUAUCCAGUGGCUCAGAUGCUUUCACAGAUAUUUGAGGUGGUUGUUGAAGCCAAUCAUUUGCAAGAUGAACAGAAGGCUAGGAUAUGCAAGAAGUUGGCUGAAGCAGAUAAGUGUUUGGUUGAUGGUGCAGAUGAAUAUUUACAACUGCUCGAUGUGGUUAGUCAAACAAUGCAAGCCUCAUGUAGUAUGCAACCGUGAAUCUUUUAUCAGAGUUGAGCAGUUUAACUGUAAAUCUUUGAUUAGAGUCGAGCAGUUUCAGAAUUGGAUAGAUCUACAUUUAAUGUCUGUAUAGAAACAAAGUACUGGACUCGUACAAAUUGUUCGUACAAAUUGUUUAAACUGUGUUGUAUUGUAGCUGAUGCUUACCUAGCUAAUUGACUUAUUAAAUAUUUUCUAUUUAAUUUC